CCCUACAUCACUCAAUGUUAGUUUCAGCUGCAAGUGCAAAUAUAUUUCUUCCCUCUGGUCAGUUUCGUGUGGAUGUUCUCCCUGCAAACAGGAAGUCUCUCAGAUAACAGUAACUGACAAACGGCAGCAGAACGAGAGUUUUCAUUGCUGACAACAUGUGUACUGGAAAAUGUUCCCGUUGUAUUGCUGUUACUUUGUACCCAUUGGCGGUGCUGUCUAUCAUCUGUAACAUAGUGUUGUUCUUUCCUGGUGGGGACAUCAAAUAUGCCAAGGAUGGACAUAUUACUGAGGAGGUGAAAUACAUGGGAGGACUUAUAGGGGGAGGUGUAAUGGUGUUGCUCCCAGCACUUUACAUCCACUUGACUGGAAAGGAGGGGUGCUGUGGAAAUCGCUGUGGGAUGUUCUUAUCAAUUGCAUUCGCUGCGGUGGGUGUAGCUGGGGCCCUUUAUAGUUUCGUUGUGGCAAUACUUGGUUUGCAGAACGGGCCUCUUUGCAAAGUUGUUCUGAUCUGGAAGACACCUUUUAAAAACAGUGACCCCAGUUACCUGACUGACAGUACGUGGUGGGGCCAAUGCACCGAGCCUAAGGACGUGGUGCAGUUCAACAUUGGCCUGUUCAGUACUCUGCUGGCUGCCAGCUGUCUGGAGCUGGUGCUCUGUGCCAUUCAGAUGAUCAACGGCCUCUUUGGCUGCUUGUGCGGAACCUGCACCAACAAAGGGCCGCUGUGAGCACUAUCAUCUACACUCGGAAAUCAGGGAUGAGGCAGAUAGUACCCCCUAUUGGAAGGCCGAGAGUAAAGUUUUUCAAUGUAUCUGCAUGAAAAUAUCUACUUUGACAUUACUGUUGUCUCCUUAUUGAUACGAUAUAUAUUUUUUAUGUUUAUUAAAUUUUAUACUGCUUCAUCCUGUAUUAUAUUAAUCAACACAAAAGUAAGAAAUAAUUCAUACUAAUAAUGUGGUACAUUUAAUUUAAAGUAAAAAGUGUUGCUUAUCAAAUUUUAUGGCUCUUUUGUUUUUCUAAUAAAUGCUUGGUUAACCGCAAACAGUAAAUAAAAUUCAGGACAUGUUAUUUUUCUUCAAGAAUGUAUUUAAUGUAGAUUGUUGUUGUUAGAGUAUUGUUCAGUUUUAACAGGAUUGACACCUAUACAAAUGAUUGGUAUAAUCACAAACUUGUAAGCAUCUCUUGAAUAAAAUAUGUACAUUUUCCAAUGAAAAGGAUAAGACUGAGAAUCUUGCGUCACCAUCUUCUACACAUUAGAAAAAACCUGCACGAGUGCAUUGAGUGUGCAAACAACACAUUCAAUGAGGCAGUUGCUCUUCUCCUAAUUGUGCUGUACUUCAUUGUAAAGAAACAACAAAAAGGCAAAGUUUUGUGGUUGAAAAGGCAAAUACUGGUUCCAGAUGCAUCUAGGCUAAAAA